CUCCCAUAUUUAAAGUUUGUAAGGUAACAGCCGUCGGUUAGUGGCAAUCAUGUUCUACCACAAAACAGUUGUUUUAUGUGCAGUAUUGCAAGUUUCGUCCAGCAUUAAGAGUAAUAACCACAAGUUUCCGCCCAAAUUCAAGUUCGGUGCAGCCACGUCCUCAUAUCAGAUCGAAGGUGGAUGGAAUGCUGAUGGUAAAGGUGAGAGCACAUGGGACUGGCUGGUGCACACCCACCCGGGCGACGUCGCCGGCCGCGCCACUGGUGACGUGGCCGCUGACUCGUACCACCAGUGGAGGCAGGACGUGAGGAUCGCCGCGAACAUGGGGCUACAGUUUUAUAGGUUCUCAAUAAGUUGGCCGCGGAUUCUGCCCACCGGCUUCACCAACAAGAUCAACAAGGCUGGUGUCAAGUACUACAGCGACCUCAUCGACGCCCUGCUCGCCCAGGGCAUAGAACCUGUCGUCACUUUGUACCACUGGGAGAUGCCGGUGAAGAUCAGAGAUCUUGGUGGUUGGACCAAUCCUCUGAUCGUGGAAUGGUUCGGAGACUACGCGCGAGUCAUCUUCUCCCUGUACGCCGACCGCGUCAAGACCUGGAUCACCAUCAACGAAGCCAUCUCCAUCUGCGACUACGCCUUCACCAAGGGGCAUUUUGCUCCCAAGAUAAAGGAGCCAGAGUUUGCUCCGUUUCUCUGCAAUAAGCACCUUUUGUUGGCACACGCUACUGCUUACAGAAUAUUUGAAAGGGAGUUUAGACCUAAGUAUCCAGGUCGCAUUUCUCUCGCAAACUACGAAUUGUGCAUAAGACCGGCUACAGCGAAUGACACCGAGUUGGCAGAACUGGGAAGACAGCACUCGACAGGUAGAUACUCCCAUCCGAUAUUUUCAAAAGCAGGUGGUUGGCCUCCUGCCAUUGAGAAGCUGAUGCUGGAAUAUAGCUUGAGACAAGGAUACCAGCGUUCCAGAUUGCCAUCUUUCACCAAAGAAGAAGUGGAAUUUAUUAAAGGCACAGCAGAUUUCUAUGGAAUGAACCAUUACACUACGAGUGUAAUCAGACCCGCCAAGCCCGGGGAAGACCCUGGCAUUUGGGUUGUGACUGGGUCGCCUGAACUGAACGCCAUCUUGGAGGCGCCGCCGAAUAGCAAAUUUGGCGUCUCGCCUAUACUUCCGGUCGUCCCAGAAGGCAUCCGGGAACAGCUAUCCUGGAUAAAAAAGGAAUAUGGUGACAUUGACAUAUUGAUUACGGAGAAUGGGUUCUCAACCAAGGAUUACGAACUUAACGACGUGGAUAGAACUCAGUACUUUAAGGAUUACUUGAAACAGGUGCUACUCGCCAUCAAAGUGGACAAUGUGAGCGUGGUAGGAUACGCGGCGUGGUCUCUCAUUGACAGCUUCGAGUGGCUGGACGGAUAUACGACUAAAUUCGGUAUCCACGAGGUGGACUUCACACAUCCGAAGCGCACGCGCACGCCGCGCACGUCCGCUCACUACUUGAGCUGCGUCAUCCGGGGCCGCUCGCUCCACGUGCCCGACUCUUGCUAUAAGGACAAGUACCUAGAUAACAAGGCGAGGAGUCAGGGCAGACGAACAAACGGUAGCAGUUGUCUCUCACGAGGAGUUCCACUACUAAAUAUAUUGUUUCUAGCUUUAAGACGUUUUUUGUGAAUAAAUGAGUCUGUUAUUA